ACCUUCGGUUAUUUGGAUCCCGAGUAUUUCCAAUCGAGUCAGUUUACAGAGAAGAGUGAUGUCUAUAGUUUCGGUGUUGUUAUGGUUGAACUUUUAACUGGGGAGAAAGCGAUCUCAACAAUUAGAGCCGAUGCGGGAAGGAGUUUAGCGACACAUUUCUUGCACUCGAUGGACGAAAAUUGUCUAUUCGAUAUUCUUGAUGCAAGGGUGCUCAACGAGGGCAGGAGGGAGGAAAUUGCGGCGAUUGCUGAACUUGCUAAAAGAUGCCUGCAUUUGAACGGCAGAAGAAGACCAACUAUGAAGGAAGUUGCAGUCGAGUUGGAAGGAAUUCAAAUGCGGAAAGAAGGUGGUUCGGUUAUUCAGCAGAAUCAAGAUGAUGAUGACAUAACUGAGUUGUCUCAUGACAUAUUCUCUUCCAUCUCAACAAACAUGCAUACGGAGUAUUCAUUAACUCCGUAUUCACCGGAUUACGAUGAUCGUUCAUUGCUUAAUAGGCCCUGAAGAAUAUCAAGUCUCUCUCGUACGUCCUUAUCCAUUCCCUUUCCAUGUAACAAAACAAUGUCUGUUUCUAGCAAUAAAGAAGUUCUAACUUCUAAAUAGUUGGUUGUAUUAAUUAUAAUUAUUAUCAUCUUCAUUAUUAUUGUAAUUAUAUUCU